AUGACGAAGGUGAAGUCAGUCGCAUGCAGUCCAGAUGCCAGAAGGUUGUACGAGGACUUGUUGAAAAAAGGUUAUAACAAACUUAUCAGGCCAGUCAGUAACAGCUCUGAUACACUUAUCGUUAGGAUUGGAUUGAGAUUGACACAAAUUAUUGAUGUGGACGAGAAGAACCAGAUAAUGACCACAAACGUCUGGCUAGAACAGAAAUGGUCAGAUACGAAACUGUCAUGGAACCCUGCCAGCUACGGAAACGUUGAGAGGCUGUAUGUUCCAUCUGACGAAAUAUGGCUACCUGACAUCGUUCUUUAUAACAGCGCCGAUGGAAAUUUUACUGUAAAACUGAUGACGAAGGCAACAAUACACCACAACGGCACGGUUGUCUGGAAGCCACCCGCCAUCUACAAAAGCCUCUGCCCCAUCGACGUCGAGUUCUUCCCGUUCGACGAGCAGAAAUGUACCCUAAAGAUCGGUUCCUGGUCCUAUGACGGUUUCUCGGUCGAUAUCAAACACAUCUCUCUUCGGGACGGAGCCAUGGAGUUUGAAACUAUAGCGGAUGGAAUCGACUUGGCUGACUACUACAAAAGCACGGAAUGGGACCUGCUGGCAGUUCCCGCGAAGAAGUACUGCAAGUAUUAUCCGUGCUGCUCCGAGCCCUAUCCAGACAUCAAAUUCAGCAUCACGAUCCGACGCAAGACCCUCUUCCACACCGUCAACCUCAUUCUUCCAUGCGUGGCCAUCUGCUCCGUCACGCUCCUGGUUUUUUACAUUCCCGCUAAUUCCGGGGAAAAAAUCACGAUGGGGAUAACUAUUUUGAAUUCUUUGAAUAUUUUCUUGCUACUCGUUGCCGAGAUCAACCCGCCCACCUCCCUGGCCAUUCCGCUGAUUGGGAAGUAUUUGUUGUUCACCAUGGUGCUGGUCACGUGCUCUAUAAUUGUGACCGUCUUUGUUUUGAAUGUACACUUCCGGUCGCCAUCAACUCACGUGAUGUCGCCAUGGAUACAGGAACUUUUCCUCAACGUCCUGCCGAAGUUGUUGUUCAUGAGGAGGCCGAGGUCUUGCAAGGAUGGGCUUGGUGAGUGUGUGUGUGUGUUUGCAAAACAGAGACCAAUCAGAUCGCAAGCCCCGUUUCUUCAAUCUCCUAUUGGUCGGGGGACUGAGUCAUGGGACGACGACCUCUCGCCAAUCAGAAGCAUCAGAAAUUUGAAAAAAUGUCGCACCCUUGACGAUGAGAGUUGUGAAAAUGACGGUGAUGAUGACGUCAGAAGAGUGACCUCUGACCUCCCGCCCGUUGUCAUGCAGGCGGUCAUCGGAGUCAACUUCAUAGCCGAUCACCUCAAACAGCAGGAAGAAUUUAAUAAGAAAAAACAAGACUGGCAGUUUGUAGCAAUGGUGCUGGAUCGGUUAUUUCUCUGGAUGUUCACAGCCGCCUGUGUUGUCGGUACUUUUGGCAUCAUCGUACAAGCUCCGACACUUUACGAUAAUCGACUUCCUAUACCGAAAAAUGCACAAUAA